AUGUUUCAGCCGUCGACCCAGAGGCUAGGCCUACAAGCCCUGCUGUCAGUAUUGAUGCUUGCAGUCAUUCUUCUUCCGACGAUUGUACACGGACGUCGGACAUCGCACUGCUACACGUGUCGUUCGAGGGGCCAGCUGGGAGACUGUCGGGACCCGUUCCCCUACAACGAGACCACGGCCGACGGCGUCCGAGGUGUCGACGCCACGCCGUGCGCGUCCAAGUGGUGCGGCAAGCUCAUCGAGGGAAGGGACGACGACUUUGACCUGGCCACCGAGCGGAUGUGCUUGCAGAGGCCACCGGACGACCAGGAGGAACGCUGCGCCGAAACGCUCUACCAAAACAGACGAGUCUACAUGUGCUUCUGUCGCGGCGACCUGUGCAACGCCGCUCACACCACAACCGCCUCGGGACUCCUUACAACAGCCCUGACGGCUCUUCUCUGCAUCGCCUUCCACGCUGCCAAACUUCUCCAUGCUUAA